CACCAUUGGACCACGCAUUGACCACGUUGCGAGCGAUGCGUUCCCUUGGCACGAACACCUGGUUCGCUGGUGCGGCUGCCGGCAACGUGCCAGUAACUAACACCCCACCACUCGCUUGCGCUUGUCGUUUCCAAGCUCCAAGUUCCAACGUUGUUCGCACAACCUACAACUUGCAAGCCCACCCUCCCCACUUCCCUCUGCCGACAACCUAACUCCCGCGUAACCACCCGUAACCCAGUAACAAUGCUCUCCAUCCUGCGCAAGGCGCAGCUGAAGGACAAGGAGAUGCGCGUGCUGAUGCUCGGCCUCGACAAUGCGGGGAAAACUACCAUUGUCAAGUGCAUCAUGAACGAGGACGUCAAUACCGUCAGUCCCACGCUGGGAUUCAUCAUCAAGACUAUCGACUACCAAGGCUACAAGUUGAACAUCUGGGAUGUCGGCGGCCAAAAGACUUUGCGAAGCUACUGGCGCAACUACUUCGAAAAGACGGAUGCGCUGAUCUGGGUUGUCGACGCCACCGACCGUUUCCGUCUCGAAAAUUGUGCCGAGGAGCUUGCCGGCCUGCUUCAGCAAGAGAGAUUACUCGGUGCCAGUCUGCUCGUCUUCGCCAACAAGACCGAUGUUAGUGGGUGUAUGGACCUUCAGGAGAUCCGAGAGGGCCUGCGACUCGACGACAUCAAGUCCCACAAAUGGACGAUCCUGCCUUGCAGCGCCAUGACAGGCGAAAACCUGUUCGAAGGGCUUGACUGGGUGGUGCAGGAUGCGAAGGAUAGGCUUUUCCUGUACUGAUUCGCGGUUGGGUAUACACAUCGUACAUAUCAUACAUGAUACGUGAUACAUUCAUCCGGGGUCGUGACUGUGGAAACGGGUUGGUUGGAGAGCAGGGGAUAAACUCUUAUGAUGUAACCUAGGUAUCCUGCCGAUGUCGCGCGUGCUUUACUCAGUUUCACAAUGCGUACAUACCC